CGAUAUAUAUUUUCUCACUCUGGCAAUUCUUGGUCCUAUUGGACGGGAUAAUAAUUUCACAACCAUUGAAAAUCAAAUUUUUUGGUGAAAUAGAUAGGUAAUACUAUUGCAAUAUAAUUGCAAUUGCCUUUCUUGGGAACUGCGCCUCGAUCGCGCCUUAAAUCUCACUGGUCCUCCGCCGCGGAGACAUCAAAUCCACCGCAACUGGUUAGGACUUGGACAGAGGCUUGUUUGUUUAUAGACCCGAAAACUGCCACAAUUACCACCGAUAUAGAUCUCGAUCCUGUCAAGCUGAGUGCCAAAAGAAUGUCGUCGCCAUGGGUAAAAAACAGCGAGCCAGUUCAGCAGGUAAAUCUGGCGGAUAUUAUGUCGGAACAAUAUGCUCACAAGUUGCACGACAAGGAGGUGCAACGUCAGACGGAAAAGCUGAAGAGACCGGAAGAGGAGGUAUCUUCCAUUUGGGAGACCGGAACAUCUCCGGCAGCUGCCAGUUACUCCAAUGUGGCUGGCAGUUCGGGAAAGGUUCAAAAUGAUACUGAGGAAUGGGAGGAUUACUCUGCACUUCUUCAUGACAACGGCAUCCAGCCGGAGGAUUUCGAGGUGCCGGAGGACAGCGAUGCAGUCAUUGCCCAGAUGCUGCAGUCCCAGUUUGACCAUGAGUACAACGAGGAGCUGCGUCGUAUCGAGCGUCAGCAGAACAAGCAGUCCAAGGUCACAGUUACUCUCAACAAGUUCCUUCGCGACGGCGACGCUGAGUUCCUGCACGACACUGCCGAGGAUGACUACGAAGAAGACGAGUUGGAGCAACUGAAGCGUGACUGGGAUCGUUUCGAGGACAACGAACGUCAGCUAGAUUCUAUUCCGCGUUGUGGUUUCAAAGUUAACAAAGAGGGGGAGAUGAUAACCAAGCACGAUCCCCAACUCUGCGCUGUUCGCAAUGCCCAGAGGGUGAUGUCUUUUCCGCCGGAGUUUCCCACCGGCGAUGCUGCAGGCUUCGAUAUGAAGCUGUCAAACAAGGUGUUUAAUCAACUGAGGGCUCACUCGCGACGUGGUCGCUCAGAUAAACAUGAAAAAGUUGCCACCGCUGAGAUGGGUUUGGAUGCCGGUACACGACUCCUACUAUACAAACUGAUUAACAAUCAAAUUCUGGAGCAAAUCAACGGCAUCAUUUCCACAGGCAAAGAGGCGGUAAUCUUGCAUGCCAAUUCUGAUACGAAUUACACAGGCAGCAAUGAGCACGGUCACCAGAGUGGCGUGCUAAUGCCGGCGCAUCUUUUGCCCCGAGAGUGUGCCAUCAAAAUCUUUAAGACCACGCUCAACGAGUUUAAGCAGCGCGAUCGGUACAUCAAGGAUGACUAUCGCUUUAAGGAUCGGUUUAGUAAGCAAAACCACCGUGUGAUCAUAAACAUGUGGGCGGAGAAGGAGAUGCAUAACCUGAUGAGGAUGCAGGCCAUCGGUCUGAACGUUCCUGAUGUGGUGGUAUUGAAGAAGCAUGUUCUGGUUAUGCGGUUCAUUGGAGAUAAUCAUAAUGCUGCUCCCAAAUUAAAGGAUGCGCGGCUAAGUGCCGCGGAGGUUAGUUGCGCCUACGAAGAGAUUGUAGCAGCAAUGCACAAGUUAUAUAACGAGGCUAAGUUAGUGCAUGCCGAUUUGAGCGAAUACAACAUUCUGUGGUUUGAGGGGAAAUGUUGGUUUAUAGACGUUGCCCAGAGUGUUGAGCCAAAGCAUCCCAGUGCCUUGGAGUUUUUGAUGAGAGAUUGCGGUAAUAUCGUAAACUUCUUCGAACGUCGCGGUGUGCCCAACAUCUACACCAAGGAACAGCUCUUUGAGUUUAUUACGGGUCUAAAUGCAGAGGUGCACAAUGCCGCCCAGUUGGAGCAGAUUCAUACGCGUGGAGCUUCCAUUAACCAGGCCACUGCUCCGAAUCAGGAGGAAUGUCCGGACGCACUUAAGCCCCUGGAGUAUCCAUUUGAGCUGGCAUGGGAGAAGUCACAACAGGAUCGCGAGGCCACAAAGGCUCUUAAGCAAACUCAGGAUGAUAACGAUAAUGAAACUGACACUGAUAAGGAUCAAGAGAGUGAUGCUAAUGAUAACGAUAUUGACGACAAGGAAAAGAUCAACAAAACUGCCAAACAUUAAAACUUUAAAAGUGUAGCCUGAUUUCCUAAUUUAGCUUGUAAUUGAUAUUAACAGUUUGGUUACAGUGAUUAUAUUAUAAUUUUUAAAAUUCCAAUAAAACAUAUGGUGGCGAUAGUCAAGAAACUUGACUAUAAAAGAUCCUCAAGAAGGAAA